UAUUUAUUACAGCUGCACAACUGAACUGCCUUCACCCUAGAAGCCUGUUAGGAAUCCAGAGGGUACAUAUUUAAAGAGAACAAAAUGAGGCAGUUUAUGCUACUUGCCCUGUUAGCUGCUUACUAUGUCAGCUGUGUUUCUCCAGUAAAAUCUCCCUACCAACAAGUACUUCAACACAGCCGAAUCAGAGGCAGACAGCAUGGCCCCAAUGUGUGUGCCGUUCAACAAGUGUCUGGAACCAACAUAAAGUACUUCGCAAAUUGCAAGCAGUGGUACAGCAGAAAAGUUUGUGGAAGACCUACUAUAAUCAGCUAUGAAUGUUGCCCUGGAUAUGAAAGGAUUCCAGGAGAAAAAGGCUGCCCUGCUGCAUUACCCCUUGUUAACAUGUACAACACUCUGGGAGUGGUGGGAGCCACUACAACGCAACUGUAUUCUGAAAGGUCUCAGCUGAAACGAGAAAUCGAAGGACCUGGAAGUUACACAAUGUUUGCACCAAGCAAUGAGGCCUGGGCUGCCCUACCUGCAGAAAUCCUGGAUGCUCUGGUUAGCAAUGUGAACAUUGAGCUGCUCAAUGCUUUGCAUUAUCACAUGGUUAAUAAACGCCUCUCCUCAGAAGACCUCAGAAAUGGACUUGUUGUACCUUCUAUGUACUUGGAUCUGGAUUUACAUGUCCAUCACUAUCCCAAUGGGAUAAUUACUGUGAACUGUGCCAGAGUCAUAAAAACAGAUCACCAUGCUACUAAUGGAGUGGUCCAUGUAGUUGACAAGGUCAUCACUGCUGCAACUAACAAUAUUUAUCAGAUCCUUGAAAAUGAUGAUAGUCUCGAAAAAGUACAAGCUGCUGUUGCUGCUGCAGGUCUUUCUACACUUCUUGAAAGUGAAGGCCAGUACACAUUUUUUGCACCAACUAAUGAAGCAUUUGAGAAGAUUCCUAAACAAACUCUAAAUAGAAUUCUUGGAGAUCCUGAAGCUUUGAAAGAUUUGUUAAACUACCACAUUUUGAAGAACCUUCAGUGCUCAGAAGCUAUCAUUUCUGGUGCUCCCAUGGAGACACUUCAUGGCACCCAUCUGGAAGUAGGAUGCAGUGAUGGUGGCCUGACUAUUAAUGGCAGAUCAAUUAUUGCACAGAAAGACAUUCUGGCUACAAAUGGAGUGGUCCAUUUCAUCAAUGAACUGCUUAUUCCUGAUACAGCAAAAACCCUUUCAGAACUGGCACAAAAUUCUCUCGUUUCGGAGUCCUUCAAAUUAUUUCGUCAAGCUGGCCUGGAAUCUUAUCUGUCAGGAAAAGAUGCAUACACCGUCAUUGCUCCUCAAAAUGAUGUAUAUCAAAAUUCAACUCCUACUGUAAAUAACCAGAUGAAGAACUUGCUGAGAGAUCAUAUAAUUAAGGACCGCUUUUUAUCCAGGCACUUGUACCAUGGGCAGACACUGGAGACAAUCAGUGGAAAACGUCUAAGGGUCUUUGUCUACCGACAUGCACUGUGUAUAGAAAAUGCAUGCAUUGCUGCCCAUGAUAUGAGGGGAAGGUUUGGCACCAUCUUUAUUGCAGAAAAAAUGCUGACUCCCGCAACAGGAACAGUAAUGGAUGUACUGAAGGCUGACAAUCACUAUAGCACAUUGGUUGGAAUGAUCCAGAAGGCUGGACUUACUGAAACAUUUACCAGGCCUGGUACAUACACAAUAUUUGCACCAACCAAUGAGGCCUUCCAAGCAUUACCUGCAGAAGAACGCAGAAAACUUACAGAUAAUCCUGCUCAGCUCCUUGAUACACUGAAGUACCACAUGGGUGAAGAAAUCCUUGUUAGUGGUGGGGUGAAUCAGUUUGUGAGAAUGCCAUCUAUGCAGGGAGGAAAACUCGAAAUCACCUUAAAAAAUAAAGUGAUGUUUGUUAACAAAGUCCGUGUCGCCCAAGCUGAUAUCAUGGCAACCAAUGGUGUGAUACAUGCUGUCAACAGUGUAGUUCGACCACUUGCUUCACGGCCUACAGGCAUAGAAGAUUUGGGAACAGUUAUUCAUCAGGAAGCUGCAGCAUUUAAGCCUCUUCUACAAUUAAAAAAAGCUGGACGAAGAGCAAGAAGAUCCCUCUCUCGGUGAACAGAAUGAGCCAAGCAAUGAGUCUGUGAAGAUGUGGGAAUUUUAAAGGAAUUCUUUCCUUGUACUCAUGAACUCCAAUGACAUUGUGCAAAAUUCUCUUUUUCAUAUUCUUUAAAUUCACUAAAAACAAAUUCAGAAUGAAAUGACCCUUCCAUUUUAAUUAUUUUGUGUGGCCUUUCUAAGUACUAACACAUGGCAGUAUUUGAUAUGUUUCUUUUGUCAAGACUGAAAAACUAAUAGCUUAAAUCUGACUGAAAUAAAUAUUGAAAGCUUUUUUGUUUGUUAUGAAAAAUCAGACCCUGUUUUACUUUACUUCAUAAACCACUAUUUUCAGAUAUAAACAUUAAAUGGUUUGUGUAUAUUCCAUAGGACCAUGAAAAUGUUAUAAGCUCUGUCCGAUUCUUGUUGAUUUUAUUUCUUUUGUACAUGUUUUUAUGUAAUUGUUAUGCUUUUCAAAUGAAUUGGAAAAAGUAUUAUGUGAGUCAUUAAAAUGGUUUAAUUUAGAGGGAAAACUACUUAAAUAAAGGUAUCUUUAGUAAUA